AUGUGCUCCAUAUCACUGUUUCGUUCAGCUUUCGCUCAGUGUCGCGGUACUGCAGGCCAUGCUCGGCAGUUCCAGACAUCAAGAAUACGUGCUGCCAAACCAAGAAAACCACAAAUUCCAACAACCCCUGCACGGACAGCGCCUACAGACAGAACAUCCCGUAUCAGGCCUAGAGAUGUCAAUUCCACUCUACCAUCAGCCUAUGAACAACUCGAGAACGACCAGUUGAAGAAGCGCUGGUUUGCCACACAUCUCUACAACAAAGGUCAAACAAAUAUUUACAAAGCUCCUUCACACGUAGGCCUUUAUGGGGCCUCUUAUAUCAUCGCUGGAAGCUGUCUCCUCAGUGCUUGUGGCCUUGCCUUUCUCAACUACGAUGCAUACGAUCCUAACAGCGAGCUUCAUUGGUUUGUCAGUGUCGCGUGGCGACUGGGGAUCAUCACUUCCACCAUCAUUGGUGGUUACGCCUUCAUCAGGCCGCUGAAUAUGGUUCGCUCCAUAGACCUCGUUAAGACACAUGAUACUGUGAAGCUCCUCGUCUUGGUACGAAGACCUGUAGCAUUCAUGCGGCCCAGACCCCACAUCGUUGAUCCCUUUAAUCUCAAAGUAAAACAAACUCUCGUGCGGCCUAUGGAACAGAUUUCUUCCUCCCAGUCAUCCAAUCCUGUUUCCUUCAUCACCCAAUCAAUCAGUCACGCGAUAUACUAUCCCUUCUUCUGGGUGCGGAAGUUAAUGACUUCGGAGGGUAUAAUGAAGGUCAGCCUUGUUGAGGGAAAUAAAACGACAAAAUGUUCUCUGGAUGUUGAUGGCGAAUGGUCUAAUGAGGGUCAAGACUUUGUACAACUCACCGAAAUUGACCUUGCAUAA